AACAUCUGUGGGUCUGAGCCCAGAGCGUCAGCUUGGCGGUUCUGGGAGCAGCUCUCAGAAUAAACGCCUCUCUGUCAGAUGAUUGGGCUUCUCUCUGGUUCCACCGAACGUUUUGGGUUUUCUGAGUCCAGGUGAGUCGGGCCGCUUGGCUUCAGGUAAACGUGUCACCUGUCCUCAGGUGGCUCUGAUUGUUGCUCCUCACGCGUUUGUCCCCGCAGCACGUGAACUCUGUCCAGAGUUACAAAUCAAACCGGACUGGACCUGAGGGAUUCUGGGUAAACUGGUUCUGGUUGUGCCCAGGAUGUCGAGCACGUCUCAGAAGCACAAGGACUUUGUGUCAGAACCGAUGGGAGACAAACCGGUGACGGCUCUGUCGGGGAUCGGAGACACUCUGGCCAAGAGGCUGGAGGAGCAGGGCUUCGACAAGGCUUCUGUGGUUCUGGGUCAGUUCCUGCUGCUCAGGAAGGACAUGGAGCUGUUCACCGAUUGGCUGAAAGACACCGCCGGCGCAAACUCCCGGCAGGCUGGGUCAUGUGCUCUGUGCCUGAAGGAGUGGUGCGACGCCUUCCUCUGAGGCCCCGCCCCUUCUUCGUCUGAGGCCCCGCCCCUUCCUAUCUCUGCUCGGUGCUUCUGGGAUCAGCGCUGCUCGAUGUUCUGCUGCUGUUUUGUGAGGGUCUGUGAUGUCAUUAAAGCUCUGAUCUCAUGUGUCGCUA